UCAUCAAUGACAUUCAGGUCAUCGACCUUGUUGUGAUUUUUAAGUUUAAGAAAAAAUAAAAACAAUAUUUCAGCAAAAAUCCCAUAAAUUACGAUUAAACGAACUUCCCGUUUGUUACUACUGGGUAAAUGUUAUUCCUCCGGUACAUAGGCAGCGCUUUAUUGUUGCGGGCAGCCAGUGUAUGGGGUAACGGGAUGACGGGUGCGAAACAAUGCAGCAUCGGUCGGGUGAGCUAUCUGACGCAGUCGAACGCUGCGGCGUUGGACCAGGAUUUAUUCAAUGAGUACAAAUUCAGCGUCGACCAAUUGAUGGAGCUGGCUGGACUGAGCGUGGCUACUGCAGUAGCGAAAGUCUAUCCUCCUCAAACGCAUCAGUCUGCCCUAAUAAUCUGUGGCCCAGGAAACAAUGGAGGUGAUGGCUUGGUGGCAGCUCGCCACAUGGCCCUGUUUGGAUACUCAGUCUCUGUCCACUACCCUAAACGCACACCUAAACCCCUUUAUGAGAACUUACUUGAACAGUGCAAGCAGUUCAAUGUGCAAAUAAUUGAUGAUUUGGCACCGGUGACAGAGUUAAAACAAAGUUACAAAGUCCUUGUUGAUGCAUUGUUUGGGUUUAGCUUUAAACCACCAGUAAGAGAACAGUUGAAACCAGCAUUGGAUGCUUUGAUUAAUGCAGGACUACCUGUUUGCAGUGUAGAUAUUCCAAGUGGAUGGGAUGUAGAAACAGGACCAGGUAGUGAGCCUUCUCUGAAACCAUCUCUUCUGAUUUCCUUGUCAGCUCCUAAGCUUUGUGCAAAACCAGAAUAUCUGCAGGGUGCUAAACAUUAUCUUGGAGGCAGGUUUCUCCCACCAGGAAUUGUCUCAAAAUAUAAUUUAACUUUGCCACCUUAUCCCGCUCAGGAUCAAGUGGUUCAGUUGUCCUGCUAACAGUUCUAACAUUUAAAAGUGGGCUGUUAAAUUAAGGUUAAAGUUGUUAAUGUUACUCUAAAAUGGAAUAAAAGGUAUCUUUUUUUAAA